CCAGGUGUUUAACAGCAUAUAUUACCCCGUGUUUGGUGGCUUUUACAAAAGUUAUUCCUCAGAAUAUCAUAGGCCUCUCAUACAAGUGACUGUAUGUCCAAAAUCUCCAAUAACUGUCGCCAACGCCCACGAGAGGCGAAAGCGACAUAAAAAGAAGUCCGCUGACUACUCCGACCAUUCCAUUUUUGCAAAAAAGGCUUUCAUCGUUGUACCAGCAAAGAAAAAAGAUAAAAUUUGUGUCAUUGAAACUACAAAUGCAGGGAUAUAUAAGGAAAUAAACGAUAAUAAGUUAUUAUCGGAAUGCAUAAUAAAGAGCUAUUUUGAAGAUAUGAAUAAAACGAGAAAAAAGCGCUCGGACAAGACGAAGGAGACAGAAAAUCCAUUACAAACUAUUCCAGAAUGUAGCCCCGGUUGCGCUUAUAUGAACAUGAAUAAGACAAAAAAUGUAUCACCGGAUAGAUCAGGUUCGGCAUCCCCUGUCAGAUCAAGUUACACAAAUGGCACGAAAACCGAAUCAACCAUAAUCAAUAAAACAACGACUUUGUCUCAAAAACAAAUAUCGAAGUCGCCUGAUAGAAACAGUUUGAAGAAAGACGAAGCGAAAACAAAGUCGCCUGUUCGCUCAAAUCAACAAAAGACAAGGAUUAACAUUCAUCAGUCAGAUAAGAUUCAAAAGAAUGAAACUGCUAAAUCGCCGGACAGAUUUAGUAUAAGUCGCGAGCGAUCCAUAGAAUCAGUAAUUGCUGAGGAAAAACGAAAGUCACCAGCAAGAUACGAUAUGAGUGGCGUGGAUACCAGUCGCCCUGGUCGGAUUAGGAUCACAGGGCGAUUAGGACUCACAGAAGAUGACGAAUGCAUCCUAAAAUGUGAUGCUACUCUUAAUGACAAGCCGAUUCCGACGCAAUUUCAUGGAGCAGAUUGUGCAAUGCUACCUCUAUGUUACGAGGCUUGUAACGAAGGACUAAGGUCUUUCAGAAAACAGCGCGACGCUAAAGUACAAGCAAAAGAAAGUCCCGUGGGAGCCCGCUUUUAUGCACCUGCAGCGACAGGGAAAGAAUCGCAAGCGACGCAAGUCGAUUUUCAAUUCAUAUACUCAACAGCUACUAGUCCAACGGAAGACUUCAGCCGUGGUAAAGUAAUGCAAAAAUGUGCUUGCGUAAACACCGUCGAUAAUGCUAGGGCCAUAUAUGACAAUAAAGAAAAUGCAGGUAUUGGCCUCAAGAAACAUCAAAGCCCUCUUAUUGUAAUAUCUGUUUAUCCUAAAAAUGAUGAAUCAAGUGAGAAUAGCGGCGAUACAAAACCAGCAAGCAUUAAAACAAAGGAACAUAAAAAAGAAAUUAAAAAAAUUGGACGCAGUCGAUCCCCUUCACCAGCAAAAAACAGCAAAAAAAUAAUUGAAAAGAAAUCUGACAGUCGUGUUAAUGCAUCCACCUAUAAAAAAACUGUUCGUGAAACAGCUCGAAAAGUAACCAGGUCAAAACUUAAUCAAACACAAAGUCGAAGUACUGUCCGAACAACAGGUACCAAAACUAAGACCGAGAGCAGAACAAUCAAAAGCACCCCUAAAGCUCAAAAAACUCCACCACAAAGCAGGCGAUCAAAUAGCCCUCCAAUUAAACAGGAAGAAGCUAAUGUUCCUGAACAGUUGAAAAGGGCUUUGAUAAACGAUUUUACCAAGACUUAUACUGAACAUAUUAAUCAAAGAAAUCCUCAUUUAGAUAUACCACUGCAAACGAAACACAAUGUUUCUAAUAUUACCAUUGAUAUAAAAGGCGAUAGUGAAUACUACAAUGUUAAGCUGGAACAAGAUGCUGGGAAGUUGAACACAGAGCUGACUGUUCGCAAGCCGUCUCGAGGGCCUCGGGCAGGUGAUAACACUAUGUCCACUAUGGGAGAGACGGAUACAACGUCGUUAGAAAAUUUUUUAUACAUGCCAGCCGACGAGCAUAGAAAGCGAUCAUUUUCACAAACAUUAAUGUUUGAUGGGACAGAUCUAACGAUGGAUGGUGAAGAUGCUGAAGGCAAUACAUUAAAUGUAAAGGACAGUAUCGAAUUAUCUCACAGGCGUGAAACCAAGGCCAGCAACGAUGUUGCCAACGAAGUUAAAUCCAAAUAUUUUGCCCAGAAAAAACACUUCCAAGGCGACGACUGCUCGAUUCCCAAUCCAGUAACAAGAGACAGGGAAAUUCAAAAGCUUCUAGGAAUAGAUAAAGGAGUCGGAAAAUAUCAGACUAAGCCAUCGCAAUAACAGAACUAUUAUGACAAAGAAAACAAAGAACGAAAACGCCACCCAAUAUUACAAUAAAGACUCUUUAUACGAUGUUAUUAACAAUGUUAUAUUAAUCAAGCCUCAGCAUCAAAUGGCAUGGAAUAAGAAUAUUCAAUUGUUUUAUCAAUAUCAUUUGAACUUGCGCAGAUCAAAACCAAUAAUUUUAACACGUCUUCAAUACAAUACAUUAAAAAGAAGAAUUUAUAACAGUCUUUUGGCAAAACAUAAUUCGUAUCUUGCAAAAGAUUACUACAAUGAUCGCAGGCUUCAUAAGUAUAA